AUGGAGGAAACCAAACAAGAAACUUUACAUAGCAGUGAUCAGGACUCUAAUAUGCUAACGGCGUCAAAUACUACCCAUUUGAACACGCAGCAUGCGGACAAUGCUACUGUUGGAUCAUCGAAUCCUGCAUCGUCAGUUACCAGUGUAAUCAAGAGUGACUCGUCGACAGCUGGAAUUUCAGAGGAUGGAAGUUACCUAUUGUCUUCCACUCGAGUAAGAAUCAGGUCAUCCGAGCUGAGGAAACCGGCAACUAUCAAGCCAGCUGUCUUCCAAUAUCAAAAGCAAUCGAAUUCGCAAUCGAAACAUUAUGCCGACUUUGAGCCGCUGGGUAUUGUUGGAAGGGAGAGAGAAACUGCGCAGUUGAAAGCAUGCCUGGGUCGCAUUCUCGCAAAGGAUGAAGACAGACAGCAAAGCGAAAACAAAAAGGAGAUUGUUCUAAUCGGGGGCUUAAGUGGGACUGGCAAGACGAGAUUAGCUUGCGCCCUUGAAAACGAUGUGUCCCGUCACCCAAAAGGAAUGUUCGUUCAUGGCAAAUUUGACAUGAAUACAAGCAACGAACCCUACUCUGGAGUGUCUAGAACAUUCAAUGAAUUGUGUCGCAAGAUCAAGAAUUCCAAAGCUGAAUUGGUCUGUCUUGUGCAAUCAGGCAUCAGCCAACACCUCGGAAACAACACCGACAUGCUGGUCCAUCUUGUUCCUGAACUCAAGGACCUUAUCAAUGAUACAUUCCACGAGUCGUCAGCGAUCGAUAUUGGAACAGACGAGAUCGACAACAAACUCGAAAGGCUGCGAUUUGCCUUUCGUGUUCUCAUGAGGGCUAUCAGUACAACUUUCUCUCCGCUUGUCAUCCUGUUUGAUGAUCUCCAGUGGAGUGAUAUCUCGUCUUUACAGAUCCUAGAUUUCCUCAUAUCAGACACACAAAAUGAAAAUCCCUUCAUGAUCAUUGGAUGUUACAGGUCCGAAGAGGCAGAUGAAAACAGUCUUCUUUACAAUAAGAUUGUUUCGCUGCGAGAAAAGGCUGAUAAGUACAACUUCCAAAUGACAGAAAUGAUGAUUCAAUCUUUCAGUACGCAGGACAUCCAAGAGGUUAUCAGAACAGUUUUGCCGUGUUCCAAUGACAAAGACAAAGUUGGCCUUGCCGCAUUGUGCCUAAAACGGACAUUCGGUAACCCCUUCUUCCUCAUGGAGUUCCUCAAGAUGCUUCACCAUGAAGGACUUCUUGAGCAUCAUGCCCCAAAGAAGACAUGGACAUGGGAUCUCGCUGAGAUCGAAGCUGCAACUAUGUCUACUGCGAACGUCGCUGUCAUGCUUCAAGGUCACCUGACCAAACUGUCUCACCAGCAACAGGCGCUGCUACAAUGUGCAGCCUACCUUGGGUCGAGUUUCAGUGAGACCACAAUCGAUCUCAUUUGGACGACAUACGGUCGUAGAUUGGUGGAGACCAGGAUCGAAAAAACCCAUUUUCUGCUCGAGGCCAUUGUAAAAGAAGAUAUCUUGGAAAAAUGCUAUGACAAUCAGUACCGAUGGGUACAUGAUAGGCUCCAAGAAGCAGCGCUCUCUCUUGCUGGAGAACGGCGAGAGACCUUUCAGCUCGAUAUUGGAAGGACGUUGUAUUACGGUUUGGACAAGAAAGAGGUUGAAGAUGAAUUGUUCGCCAUCGUGGAUCUCAUCAACAACGGCAACGUUCUCCAACUAGCUGAAUUCGCAUCGGCCAACCUGAAAGCGGCAGAGAAAGCCAGAGAUCUUUCCGCUUUCGAAUCUGCAAAAGGUUAUGCGAUCCAUGGGAUUGAUCUUUUGGCAGAUAACAAGUGGUCUGAGAAUCGACCCUUGACCUUGAGUUUGUACAUCAUUGCAGCUGAAAUGGAGCUAUUGCUGGGAAAUGUGGCAGCUGCAGAUCAAUACAGCAGCGAGGUGCUGUGCAGAACAGACCUAUCUCCGAUGGAUGUGCUUCCAUUGAAGAUGGCUAAGGCCAGUACCAUUGGAUCUGUCGACUUAAAGUUUGGCGAGGCAAUGGACCAGUACUUUGUAAUGUUGAAGGAGCUCGGUUGCAGGUUAACGUGGACCAGAGGAUUGGUACCGGUGCAGGCACUGACCAAGCUGAUGCGGACAGUCAAGAGGGUGAAGGCAAAGCCCAAAAGCUUCUACGAAACAAUGGUGCCGAUCGACGAUGUGAAGCAGAAGGCCAUAGCUUCCGUGGUUUCAAGGAUGGUCUAUUUCUCCUACAUUGCCGGCGAUUUGUCGAUGAAUUUACUAUGCACUUGUUUCCUGGUAAACUCCACCCUUGAAUUUGGUGUCAAUGAGUAUUCAGCAAAGUGUUUUGCAGCAUUGGCAAACGUUGUAACCCUAGCUUUGCACGAUUUUGAGACUGCCACUACGUUCAAUAUGAUUGCGCUUUCCAUGCUGGAAAAGUUUCGAGGAAUGCACAGCAGCGAAACAACCUUUCUUGCCUAUGCUCCAGGCUUGGUGUGGGUAAAACGUAUCGAGGACUGCUCAGAACCCAUGCGAGAUGCUGUUGAAGAGGGAAUGAAAAUGGGCGAUACUGAAUUUGCCAUUUGGAAUCUGUUUUCACAUGUAAUCACCUUGCCCUACUCUAUUGGAAAACCCAUCUCGUCCAUCAUUGAUGAAUGUCCAAGGAUACUGCUCCAAUGUGAAGAUGUUUCCCAGGCAGCACACUCCAUGGCUGUCAAGGUCAUGUGGCAAAUGCUGUACAACUUGCAACAAAGCUCAUGCAAUCACAAUCCUGCCGAUCUCGAAGGAGAAAUCUUUAGCUCUGCACAAGACAACGAAAUCAACCCAUUGCACCUAUCAUUUGUGCACUUGGCACAAGGAGAGCUAUCCUUCUUCAAUGCAGAUUAUGAAGCUACCGCCAUGUGGGCCCUCCAAGUUGGAGAGCGAUAUACCAAACUGCUUCCAAAUUACUUUCCAAGCAUGAUUGAGACCUUUCAUCGUGCCGUUGCAUUGUAUGCUGCUACCAUCCGUACCAAGAAGAGAAAGUAUCGGGUAGAGGCGAAACGACUUGCCAAGAAGAUUGAAAAGUGGGCAGCCGCUGGAAACCCCAAUGCCCAAUACUACAACUUUUUCUUGGCGGCUGAGCAGCUGGGGCUAGACAAGAAAUUCGAUGCUGCAGAGGAGAAGUAUGAAGCAGCAAUUGACAUGGCCACUCGAGAAGGUCACCUACACCAUCAGGGGCUGCUCAAUGAACGCUAUUCUGAUUUUUUCUUGAGGCGCUCAAUGAAGAAAGAGUCAGUUUUCUUCUUGAAGGAAGCCAUUCGUCACUAUACAGAAUGGGGAGCUGCUUGGAAAGUCGAAAGCUUGGAGUCGAGAUUGUAA